AGAGAGAGAGAGAGAGAGAGAAAGAAAGCGAGAGAGACAGAAAGGUUAAACAUUAAACAUUUAGAUGAACAGAUAAAGGUUUUAAAGCAGAGCUUGUGUUAGUUUGAAGUGCUUUUUUUUUACUUUCUUUGCCACUCUGUGCUUUGUGCUGCUGUUGUUUUGUUGGUGUAUUUAAAGUGGAGCACGAUGACAAUUCAUCCUGAAAGUGUAUUAUGAAGAAGCCCCGACGACUUGACCCGGUUUUAUCUGCGUGUUUGGAGCUUUUUUUUUUUUACCGAUGGAGAGCGUCGGAAAGUUCGAGCUGAACAGGAAAGACCUGAUAGGACACGGUGCGUUCGCGGUGGUGUUUAAAGGACGACACAAAGAGAGACAUGAGUUGGAAGUUGCAGUGAAGUGCAUAAAUAAGAAGAAUUUGGCCAAGUCGCAGUCGCUCCUGGGGAAAGAGAUCAAAAUACUGAAGGAGCUGAAACAUGAAAACAUUGUCAGUCUACUGGAUUUUCAGGAAAUCUCAGGUUGCGUCUACCUCGUCAUGGAGUACUGCAACGGCGGCGAUCUGGCAGAGUAUCUGCAGGCUAAAGGUUCUCUGAGCGAGGACACCAUCCGGAGCUUCCUGCAGCAGAUAGCGGGUGCUAUGAGCGUCCUUCGGAGUAAAGGCAUCAUCCACAGGGACCUGAAGCCACAGAACAUCCUCCUGUCCUACAGCACGGGGCGCAGAAUCAGCAACAACAACAUCUGCAUCAAACUGGCUGACUUUGGCUUUGCUCGUUACCUGCAGGGGAACACCAUGGCUGCUACACUCUGUGGUUCUCCCAUGUACAUGGCUCCAGAGGUGAUCAUGUCACAGAAUUACGAUGCCAAAGCUGACCUUUGGAGCGUGGGAACCAUCAUCUUCCAGUGUUUGACCGGCAAAGCUCCAUUCCAGGCGAGCAGUCCUCAGGAGCUGCGACUUUUCUACGAAAGGAACCGGAAACUCAAUCCAAACAUCCCACGGGAAACCUCCGCUCACCUGAGACACCUGCUGCUCGGCCUGCUUCAGAGGAACCACAGAGACCGCAUGGACUUCGAUAAGUUUUUUCAUCAUCCCUUUCUGGAAGCCAGCAUUGUCCUGAGAAAGUCCUCACCGGUGCCCAUGCCUUCGUACCCCAGCUCAGGAUCAGGAAGCUCUAGCAGCAGCUCAUCAACCUCCAACCUCACCCCCACACAGUCGGACACUGAAACCCAAAGACCACGCCCACUACACAAAGCCACACCCCCUUCCUGCUCCCAGCUGAAGUACUCAUCUUCCUCAGAGACAGAUGACUUCGUCAUGGUGCUAGCACAAUCCCCCAAUGAAAUGGCAUAUCAGGACAAUCAGGAAAUGGGCAUACAGAGUGGGUGUUCUAUGCUAAGUCCAGAUACCUUUGUGGGUGAAACACCUCCAUCAUCUCCUUCUCAUCGUAUAACCCCAAGCACCACAAGACCCGUGGAGUGCUGCAGCAGUAGUUACAGCCAAUCCGUUCCUGUUCCUGUGCCUACACAAAUCCACAACUACCAAAGGAUGGAGCAGAACCUUCAGGGAGCAUUGAGGACAGCAGUACCCACAAGUCACUGCUGCAUGGGGGGGUUUCCCAGGGUCUCUGUAAGUCCAUCUCAUCACAGACUGUCUACAGGGGGCUCCAGACCUCACCAGCCAUCUCCUAAAGUGGGAGCGAUACCUGAGACCCCUGACCAAUCAGAGCCGCAGUGCAGCAGGACGGGACUGCAGGAUGCGCAUGUCCGUCCGCACAGUCAGGUCUUCCCUCUUUUCUACGAUGUUGCUGCCGUGGAAACGACACCUAGAAACAGGAGCCCGGGGCGCAGUCCAGAUGCGAUAGUACACAGGUGGGAGCUGGACAGACGGAGCAGCCUUCCCAGCACUCUAGUCCACACCAGGACCAUGCCUGACCUCCAGGAACGCUGUGCGACCCACAUAGACACAGCACAGAGGAGGAGAGGCUCUGUGAAAAGGUGCAGUAGUGCGGGCCGGUUGUCCGAUAUGCUGCUGAAGGCUGUGUUUGGAUCUCAGCUCGACAGGGGCAGCUGUGAGGGGCUGAAUACAGAGAGACCCAUGGACACUACAGCGCCCCCUGGUGGAAUUGGUAGUGUAGAGAAAGGCUCUCGGAGCCCCGGUCAUUUCCUCUUCACUAUCGGCACCCCUCCUGAGGGACACGCUCCUCCUUCAGCCCAUAGACCCAGAACAGUGUCCUCAUGCAGUCCCGGCUGGACAUGUAGUCGCUUCCCCAAGUCCUACAACUCACCAGAAAGACACUGCUGCACUUUUACAGACUUCACAGUCUCCGAUCUGCACAGGGACGCGACCUUCGUGCCUCCAGAGCUACCGGCGGAGACGCUGAUGGAGCAGGCACACACCGACAUGCUCACUCAGCUGCGCUUCACUCUGGCCUUCACACACCUCGUUACCGACAUGGCUGCAGCGAAGGAUGCUGGGAUCGAGAGGACCGAGGCGUCUGACGCUUCCCUCCUGGAGCAGAGUCAGGUGGCUGACCAGAUAAGCCAGCUGAGCCGAGAGUGGAGCUGUGCAGAGCAGUUGGUCCUGUAUAUGAAGUGUGCCGAGCUCUUAUCCACCGCCCUACACACAGCGAAGGGGGCGAUUAAACAGGGCAAACUCUAUCCAUCUGCAUCUGUGAAACAGGUUGUGCGUAAGCUGAAUGAGCUGUAUAAGGAGUGUGUGAUGUCGUCUCGCUCUCUCACUGCAAGGCUUCAGCUCUUCUUCAGCACCAAACAGAAGCUGAUGGACCGAAUGAACAACAUCACAGCCGAGAGAAUCAUCUACUCUCACGCCGUACAAACGGUGCAGGCUGCAGCUCUGGAUGAGAUGUUCCACCACGGUGAGACCUCGGUCCAGCGUUACCACAAAGCCUUGCUGCUAAUGGAAGGCCUCUCCUUAAUCAUCACAGAGAGAUCUGACCUCAGCAACAUUAACAAAUGUAAGCAGUGUAUCGAGCGGCGUCUCUCCUCCCUGUGACGACAUGCCGUGAAGGCUCCGUGGACGACCCACCCACCCCCACUCCCGACCCUCUGACUUCCUCUGAUGCUGCAUUAGUGUGCAUGUAAAAGGGGGAUGAAGAUUAAUGAUCUCCUCGUUAACCUCUAAUAACAUACGUUAGUGUGCUGCUUGCAAGAAUCAUUUACAAGCAGUUAAAAAAAUAUAUAAGGGAAUUUACUCUUCUAGGAAAAUAAUCAACCGAGUCACUGUUUCCACCAAAGAAGCCGAUCGUUUUCCUUUAAAGGCACGUUUCGGAGCGAUUUGUGCUUUUUUACGUCAUAGUGCGGGUUCUCGUACUUCUUAUCGGUUUCAAUUACGUUUAACGUUUCACACAACGAAUGAAUCGACAUCUUCUGACCAAUCAGAACAGAGAACUCAUCAGCAUCAUGGAUGAAGCCUUGUUCAGUGUUUGAAAUGUGUGUGAAUUAGUUGAUUAGUCUUUUUUUUUUUUAAUGCAGAACAAUGAUGUGCUAAAGUGAUGUAGAAACGCUGCUAAUUCAGGAUCCGCUUCGGCAUCAGCAGUAACUACGAUCGACUAAGACGAAUAGCACUGAAUCGACUCGUCCAAUUCCAAAUCGUACUUUCUUCUUCGAGAGAUUGUAAAUUUUUUUUUUCUUUAACACGAAGCAUAACGAACUCUGAUCUUUUACUUUUUAUGCUUUAAAAGCGUGGCUUUGCAUGAACGGAGACCUGCGAGGCUUCAGAAGAAAGCGUGAUCAGGGAAGGAAUAGACGGGCCGUGUUGUGUCAGUGUCGCACAGAACAGGUUCAAACGAAAGUGACAGACCAAGCGAAAGCAUUUUCACUGAGCGCUGAAAUGCUACGUGAUCUUUUAACUCUGAUACAAUACUUGAUAUUUAUUGUGAGAACUGUACAUGACAGAUCAGCUACUGUUCCUUUAUUAUUUACAACUGUCUUUACAGUGAAGCACUUUAUGAAUGAGAACGUCACCUGAAAAUGCCUAAACGACUCUACAGUAGCGGAGAUGACCUUGCUAGCUUUAUUAGCUUUCAUUUUAUUUAUUCUGAUGUUUGUAGCACCUUUUUAAUAAAUAAAUAAAUAAAUAAAU